UAAUGAAGACAUCCUAGGAUAGAAAGAAAGGAACCAUAGUACGUAGUAGACCUUAUAAUUAAAGACUGGCUCUCUCACUCGGACACUUACUCAGUCCACGCAGUUUAUACAGGCAGAAAUCUCUCCUUCCCUCCCUGUCUCAGGCAGGGCAGCUCCAUCGGUUCUUCCAGCACCAAGCAACAUCAUUUUUUUGCCUUAUUAGUUGUCUGUCAACUUUCUUUUCAUCACUAUGUAUGCAGUGAAACAGGUAUAUUCUCCUUUCAAACCAGAGCUCACUUUCCGGCGAUCUACAGCGGCAUCCAGGACCUGGAAACAUGGGUUUUUCUGGCAAACCUGGGUUCCAUCUGGAUCAAAGGUCAUUUGUACGCCCGGUUCCAUCCGGGCAGUGAUAAGCAAUGAUGACAAGGCUCUGGAGCAACCUAAUAAGGAAACUGAUAAUAAAGAAGUCAAUGGGACUGUGUUAUCGAGUACUAGUGAUAAAUUAGGGAGAGGAGGGAUAGAUGUGAGGGCAGUGAUCACUAUAAGAAAGAAGAUGAAAGAGAAGAUCAAUGAAAAGAUUGAGGAUCAAUGGGAAUAUUUCAUUAAUGGGAUUGGUAGAGGGAUCUCGAUUCAACUUGUCAGUGAGGAGAUUGAUCCUGAAACCAAUUCAGGGAAGAGUGUAAGGGCAUUUGUGAGGGGGUGGUUACCAAAGCCAUCAAAUAACGAGCAUAUCUUUGAAUAUGCAGCUGAUUUUACUGUUCCCUUCGAUUUUGGGAAUCCUGGAGCAAUUCUUGUUUCCAAUCUUCAUGGCAAGGAGGUAUACUUGAUGGAGAUUGUAGUUCAUGGUUUUGAUGAAGGUCCCAUUUUCUUCCCUGCAAAUACAUGGAUUCAUUCGUGCAAAGAUAACCCUGAUGACAGAAUUAUCUUCAGAAAUCAAGCAUAUCUACCAUCACAAACACCACCUGGUAUUAAAGAUCUACGGCGCGAGGACUUGCUCAGCCUUCGUGGUAAUGGAAAGGGCAAGAGAAAGCCUCAUGAUAGAAUUUAUGAUUAUGCUCUUUAUAAUGAUUUGGGUAAUCCUGACAAGGAUGAAGAACUUGCUAGACCGGCCCUGGGCUGUGAAAAGUGGCCUUAUCCUAGGCGCUGUAGAACUGGUAGAUCUCCAACCAAGAAAGAUCCGAAUUGUGAAACUCGAGUUGAAAAACCACAUCCAGUGUAUGUGCCUAGAGAUGAAACUUUCGAGGAGAUCAAGCAAAACACGUUCUCUACUGGAAGGUUGAAAGCUCUGCUUCACAAUCUUAUUCCAGCAAUUUCUGCAACAUUGUCUAGUUCAGACAUUCCCUUCACGUGCUUCUCCGAUAUUGAUAAGCUAUAUAAUGAUGGUUUUGUUUUGAAAUCUGACGAGCUAAAUGAAAUAGCUCAGAAUCCCUUUUUGGGAAAUCUUAUGAAACAGGUUCUUAGCGUUGGUGAAAGGCUGCUGAAAUAUGAAACCCCAAUUGUUAUAAAACGAGAUAGAUUUGCAUGGUUGCGUGACAGUGAGUUUGCACGCCAGACUUUGGCUGGGGUGAAUCCAGUGAACAUUGAGAUUUUAAAGGAAUUUCCAAUUCUCAGCAAACUGGAUCCUGCUGUUUAUGGCCCUCCGGAAUCAGCACUCACAAAGAGAUUAAUAGAGCAAGAACUUAAUGGAAUGAGUGUGGAAAAGGCAACUGAAGAGAAUAGGUUAUUUAUACUCGAUCACCAUGAUAUGCUUUUGCCAUUUAUGGAGAAGAUGAACUCCUUGCCAGGGAGAAAAGCUUAUGCAUCAAGGACUGUUUUCUUUCAUGACCGAGCUAAUAUGCUAAGGCCAAUAGCUAUUGAGCUUUCACUUCCUCAAUCACCCUCUUCACCUGGAGAAAAACGUGUUUACACUCAUGGGCAUGAUGCCACAACACAUUGGAUUUGGAAACUAGCCAAAGCUCAUGUCUGCUCAAAUGAUGCUGGUGUCCAUCAGCUAGUAAAUCACUGGUUGAGAACUCAUGCUUGCAUGGAGACUUAUAUAAUUGCAACUCACAGACAGCUUAGUGCAAUGCACCCCAUUUACAAAUUGCUCCAUCCUCAUAUGCGCUAUACUCUUGAAAUUAAUGCAAUUGCACGGCAAAGCUUAAUAAAUGGAGGAGGAAUAAUUGAGACUUGUUACAGUCCUGGAAAGUAUUCCAUGGAGAUUAGCUCUGCAGCUUACCAGAAUAUGUGGCGGUUUGACAUGGAGGCAUUGCCAGCAGAUCUUGUUCGCAGGGGAAUGGCAGUGGAGGAUCCUUCAAUGCCUUGUGGCGUGAGACUUGUGAUAGAAGACUACCCCUAUGCUUCAGACGGGCUCCUCAUUUGGUCAGCCAUAAAAGAAUAUGUAGAAUCUUAUGUUGAUCACUUCUACUCUGAGCCUAACUUUGUCAAGUCUGAUAUUGAGCUCCAAACCUGGUGGGAUGAGAUAAAAAAUAAAGGUCAUUUUGACAAGAGGAACGAGCCAUGGUGGCCUAAACUCAAUACCAAAGAAGAUUUAUCUGGCAUACUUACAACAAUAAUCUGGAUUGCAUCAGGGCAGCAUGCUGCUAUAAAUUUUGGGCAGUACCCCUUUGGAGGGUACGUGCCUAAUCGUCCUACCCUCCUGCGAAAACUCAUCCCACUAGAAAAUGAGCAUGAUUACGAAAAGUUCAUCCGAAAUCCUCAGCUCACUUUCCUGUCUUCUUUGCCAACUCAACUUCAAGCCACCAAAGUAAUGGCUACUCAGGACACUCUUUCUACGCACUCCCCAGAUGAAGAGUACUUGGGUCAGGUGAGCCAUUUGCACAGCCAUUGGAUAAAUGACCAUGACAUAGUAGAGUUGUUCAACAGAUUUUCUGCUCGAUUGGAGGAGAUUGAAGAGAUAAUACAUUUAAGAAACAAGGAUGUCCGCCUUAAGAACAGAAGUGGUGCAGGUGUUCCGCCAUAUGAACUGCUCCUUCCCACUUCAGGCCCUGGAGUAACGGGUCGAGGAAUCCCCAAUAGCAUUUCUAUCUAAAAGGUUAGCCUGGUUUGAAGUCAUUAUAGCCUUGGCUUAGCAAAUGCCAUUUUCUUUCUCGAAGAGCUUGUUUAGUUAGCGUCUGUAAUAAAAUGUCAAGCAUGGAAGCAAUUUCUAUCGAUCCAUAUUUAGAGCUUUGCAAACAUAGGAUAUGACGUAAAACCAACGAAUUAGAAGCUUAUGGGAUUCAUAUUUAAAGUUUGAGGACCAAUAUGUAUGUGUGGUAUCAAUGAUUUUAGAUGUGCGAUGGUCAAUUAAAAAUGGAAGUUCCUUGCA